GUGGUAAGUGCGUCACAUUUUCACGUGAUAUGUUUUUCCCUUUCUUUCUUUCACUCUUCCGAUUUUUGUACACCGAAAGUUCACAACUUAAAAAAAGAGCUCAAAGAAUUAAAUUUUAAUUGCUAACGCCAAUGUUAUGUCACUGCUAUUACAUAUCACGUCAGAAAAUUUGGUGUUUUUAUGUUACUUUAGCCGUGUAGUGCGAAUUUGAGAGAAUAUUGUAGGUACUCUUGAAGCAUUUUAUGUUUCGAGGAACUCGGGUGAACUUCACUAGGUUCCCUCAAAACUUUCAGAUUAAUCUACCGAGAAAUUACCCCUAAUUUUUUCACUUGCAAAUUAGUUCAGAGGAUUAGUGCACACUUCAUCAGUUGUAUUUCAACAAGGCCCUGACGACCUUCAUCAACAGACGUCUUCUCUCGGUACUAAAGAUUGCAUGUCUUACCCGAAACUAUAAGCUAUGAGAAGCUCCGGCAGACAGCGAACCUAUUAUCUCAAAAACGUGCAGAAAUAUAGAGGGAUUGGGCAAACUCUGAGGAGACCUUGAAGUGGCAUCAUAUGCCCAGCUGUCGAGUAGAAAGUAAAUGGGUAACGACUGAUUAGACGACUGGGCGUUACAUGCAGGUUACCUUGUGAAGAGGGAAUUACGAUAAGUAGUUAUGGAGCCAGUUAAAAGUGAUGGCAGAGGACUGAGUGCAGUGCAGAUAUCCCCCUGAAGCCAUAUGUUCUGCCCACUUAAUCACCUAGACACUAGUGAUAAAACUAAGUUAUGAAUUAGUACCAAUAUACUGUUGUUCAUUUGUGGUGGUUUUAUGUAGUCGAACUGCAUCACUUAUGUCCACUUUUACACUUUCAAAUUAAUUGUUAUAAACUAGAGAAUAAUCAUCGAAUCUCUGAAAACAUUUGUUCUUCUUCGCAGAAAUAUCUCACUAAUAAAGCAUGUUAAAUAUUAUAAGUCAUUUGCCACAAAAAUAUUGUGAAAAUAUUCUGGUCGCACAUAAUAAUCAUGAUAUGGUAUAUCAAGUCAGAGGAUUUCAGUUGCAUUUAAUUCACUUAUCAACAAUGCAAAUGGACAGUGGUGAUGAUGACAGUAAUAGCAGUAGUAGUAGAAAGAUAUCUGUUGAAAGUAACCUUGUGGAUAUCGACUAUUCAUCGGGAAGGAAUUUACUGCUGGGCUGUUCUCAGAAAGGUGAUGUGCAUUUAUGGGAUUUGAGAGAAAGUAAUUCAAAGCCUGUAGUACAGUCAAAUACCAACUCGGCAAACAAUGGAUUGUCAUACACCUGUUGUUCUAUCAGUCCAGAUGGAAGUCUGAUUUGCUGUGGAACAGAAGUAUGUCGUGUGAAAAAGUUUGAUAAGAAAAAACGCCGGAAACGUCAUGAUUCUACAGAUAGUGAUGAUGAGACAGCUCAUCUAGUCUACUGGGAUACACGUUGUUUAUCAUCUCCGUUGGGUAGUAUUAAAGAUUUUCAUUCAGAAGACAUCGUGGAUGUGAAAUUUGAUCCUACAUCGAUAUCCGGUUAUCCACGUUUGCUGGAUUGUUCUCAUGAUGGUCUUGUAUGCUUGUACAAUAUGCAGGCAGCGGCAGCAUUACAAGACAAUACCCUUUUAUAUAUGUUCAACUCAGAAUCAGUGGCCAGUUCAUGUGGUUGGUUAUUAUCGUCUGGUGCUGCGGGUGGUGGUGGUGGUGAGUCGAAUGAUUCUAUUGCCGGUGUCUAUUGUACAACAACAAUGAGAUCAAAUAUUAGAGCUUGGCCAAUUCAUCCAUCUAUGUUAAUAUCGAAUAGUGGUAAAAUAAGAGAUUCAGAUGAAGAGGGUGAAAAAGAACAAGGUGGUGAAACUGUUGAUGAUAAUGGGGAAGAAGAGGAGGAGAUAAUAUUACCUGAAGAAGAACAAGAAAAAUUAAAUAAAAAAACAAAAUUAUGGAAUUCUAAAUUUAUUAAUAAUAAUUCAUUAAAAGGUCGUAAAUUUUUCAGUGUAAUUCUUCAAGACAAAAAAUCUGAAGAAUUUCUACUGCUUGGUGAAUAUGCCAACAACAACAACACCAAUGGUGACGAUGAUGAUGAAGAUGAUGAAAUCGAGGAAGGAACUUCUCCAGCUGUAUUUUCUUCACGUCAAGAUGAUGAUGAUAAAUCCAUUUGGAAUGUUACCUGUCUACCGAAUACUUUGAGCACUAAUAAUAAUAAUAAUAAUAGUCAAAUAAAUGAUACUAGUUUCAAUUUACAAUAUGCAGAUUUCUUAAGAAAACCAAUGGACAGCGAUAAACAAUUAUGUCUUAUGAUUGGUUCACGAUCGACUGUUUUAUGCUCUUAUGAUGUAUUGAGUGAUCGAAUGAAGAGUAUAUGAACUGACUGUUGUAUAUCAUUCUAUUCGAUUGGCAUUUAUUGUUAUAAAUCAUCACAUCAAAUAUUUUCGUUUACUUGUUAUAUGACCUCAAGCUUCAAGAUUUUUUCUGUAAUACGUUUUUA